AUGUCUCUCAAGGAAGGUAAGACCCGGGAAGACAUCGUUCCCGUGGCUUUGGGAGGGUGCUGAUGCAACGGUGGACAGAUGCAUGGCCAUCGUCGGCCGCCUUCGAUGACAUCGCCGCGGCCCUCAAGAGCGACGCCGACAAGAAGGAUGCCAUCAAGCAGGCUGGCGCCAUCUUCGCCUUCACCAUCAAGAACGCCGCGAACGAGGAGAAGUCGUGGUAUGCAGACCUGAAGGAGACGGGCACAGUCGGCAAGGGCACUGCGCCUGAGGGCAAGAAAGCCGAUGGUGGGUAACAUGGCCGAGCAUGGCAGAAGAGGAGACAAUGCUGACAAGGUGGCAGUCACCAUGAUUCUCAGCGACGACAACUUCGCCAAGCUCAUCACGCAAAAGGCCAACGCACAGAAGCUGUUCAUGAGCGGCAAGCUGAAGGUCAAGGGCAACGUCAUGAAGGCGACGAAGCUGGAGCCCAUCCUCAAGAAGGCCCAGCCCAAGGCCAAGCUCUAA